CAACAUUCGAACUGACAACAACUACAGUACAAUCAUGUCUUCCCUCUCUAAAGACACCGUUGAAGAUAUCAGAGAAGUUUUCGAUCUUUUUGAUUUCUGGGAUGGCCGAGACGGUGACGUCGAUGCAUUCAAAACCGGCGACAUGUUGAGAUGUCUCGGCUACAACCCGACUGAAACCUUCGUCAAGAAAAAUGGUGGUACCAAAGCUAUGGGUGAGAAGGCUUACAAAUUAGAAGAAUUUUUACCUAUCUACGAAAGUGCCACUACACUCAAAGAUACUGGCACCUUCGCAGACUUCAAAGAAGCUUUCAAAACCUUUGAUCGUGAAGGUCAAGGUUUCAUCUCGUCUGCUGAGAUGAGACAAGUUUUGGUUUCCCUUGGCGACAGAAUGACUGAUGCUGAAGUCGACGAAAUUCUGAAAUUUACUGACACAAGAGAGGAUUUGGAAGGAAACAUCAAAUACGAAGAAUUCAUCCAAAAAAUCAUGGAUGGUCCUACUAACUAAUUCCGGAAAUUCAGAAAAACACGACAACAAAAAAUGAAGAUUUAUGGAAAUACAGUAAUCUGAUUGGUGAAUAGAACUACAUGUGACAUUCGAUUUCAGUGAUUGGCCAAUCAGAUUUUAUGAAAUGUAGCAACCUGGUUGGUCAAUAAUUAAAUACUUGAAUUUAGUUUUUAACCAAUCAGAUUCUAGGAAAUACAAUAUCUGAUUGGUUAUUUCAACAAUUCAAGUAAUUGACCAAUCCGAUGAUCGGGACACUGAAAUCAACUUAAAGCGACUUUAACGUGAAAUUUGACCCCCAAAAAAUAAUAUGGAAAUAUGCUGAACCUACCAUUACACCCAAGCUAAGAUUAGGUGAAAAUGCUACCAAGAAGAUUAUAUAGAGCGAUACAACAUGCCAGGAGCCAGGAAGUAAUAAGAAAUCUUUAUUUUGUGAUACAAAUGCUAUCUCUUCAGGUUAAGCUCCAGACCAUACUACUACAUGGAAAUGUGUGAUACCAUACGUAGUAUCGUAUUACUAAGUUCCAGUCACAAGAUUUUUAAGCCAAUAUCGAUUGAAAACAAAGACAUACCAAUAAUGCAUCAGUUUAAAUUGAAAUCCAGAGACGAGAAAUGAAAGAGACAGUUCAGUGAAAAAACAUUUAAAUUCAAUUUAAAGUCGUGCAAUGUCGUUGAUAGAAACGAAUCAAACUAACUAGACUAUUUCCUCGACUUGAUUUUGAUUUUAACUUAUUGUUAAUUUAUUUCUCUAAUUAACUUAAUAAAUAUUUAUUCCAUUUUCA